CAGCAGCCUUUAAAAUACACAGACCGACACACUGUUCCCCAGUCUACCAGUCUACAGUGAGACAGAAGGAGAAAACGUCCAGGACUGAAUCCUAAGAUAGAAGAAAUCAGCGUCUGAAAAGGGAAAUAUCCUACAAUGGGAGGACACAGACAGCUGGGCCUGCUCAUUGUAGUGGCCUGGCUGGGUGUCUUUAUUUCAAAAGCUCAAACAAGCUACCCUUCAGUUACUCUUCCUGUCUGGAGGUCAAAUUCAGCAGAUUACUUUACAAGGUGUGGUUUUGACUAUGCCAUGUCUCCUUACUGUGACUGGACUGCAGAGGGCCUAACCAGAAGCCGAACUGGACCUGGGAAAUUCUACCUCUCAAUGGAUCUUCUGAAUCCAUCGGGUGUGGCUCGAAUAAAGAGCAGGAUUCUGAAUUCUCCUGAAGAUUCAUGUCUAGAGUUCUGGUACUACAAACCCAGUCAGGACAGCUCAGAACUGCGAGUCCUGCUCAGUGAUGAUGUUCUACAAACAGAAAUCUGGAGUUCUCUGACUGCUAAGAGCCAUUCCUGGAGACAAGUGUUCCUUCCUUUGAGCAAGUUGCAACUGAAUGGCGCACAGAUUGUUUUUGAGCUUUCACGAAACCAAGGAAUUGAGAAGGAAGUCAUCUUUAAUAUGAUUGGUGUGCGAAAGGGACAGUGUGGUUUACAAUGCAAGUCCGGCACCCAGUUUCAGACAGAUGAAUCGACUCAAUGCUCAUGCAUUAAAGCUCAGCUCACCUGCACUCAGAUCAGGUCCACUGAAUCAUUCACAUCUGGCACCUGCAGAGUUGCUAGCGACCUCCGAUACACCACCUUUGAUGGGGUCAACUUUCGAUUCAAGAGACCUUGCACUUACGUUCUGACAAAAGUCUGUGACGGUAUCAGAAUACUACCAGACUUUGCAGUGGAGGUGCAGAAGCAGCAGAGAAGCAAUUCUUCUGUUACCUCCAUCCAGCAGGUGAACGUGAAACUGCAGGGUUUAAAAGUGACUCUGCUGAGAAGAGACAGAAGAAGGAUCAUGAUUAAUGGGAUCUGGAAGAAUCUCCCUCCGAGUCUCUUUGGAAACACAGUAAAGAUCAGUGUCCAGGGACAAGUUGUGAAACUUCAGACACACUUCAACCUCUCCGUCUCCUACUCCACAUCCGGUGCUCUUCAGGUAACCGUACCUGACCAGUUCUCUGGUAAACUCUGCGGCAUGUGUGGCAACUUCAACCAUGUGAGUGAUGAUGACAACAAGAUGCUUGAUGAAUCUCCAGCUGAAGACACCCAGUCCUUAGGGCACAGCUGGAUAAGUGAGGACCCCCCAUGUGAAGAACCCACACAACCCAGCAUGUGUUCUGAAGCUGAGGAGCUGGAAUAUGCCAGUGAGGCUUAUUGUGUUAUCCUGCUGUCCCAGUAUGGCCCCUUUUCAGGGUCAUCUUCUGCUCUGGGCUUCUUCAAAAGCUGUGUAUUUGAGAUGUGUUCCUCACAAGGAGAUCGUGAGACCUUCUGUGAUGUUCUUCAGUCCUUUGCUAAGACUUGCAGCGAGGCUGGGGUCUCUGUGACUGGCUGGAGGAGUGAGUCGUUCUGUCCUCUGGUUUGUGGGGUGAACAGUCACUUCAACGCCUGCUCCAGCAAGUGCCCCGCGACUUGCUCCAGUCUGGACCUCCAAGAUGAGUGUGGGGUCUGUGAGGAGAGGUGUGAGUGUGAUGAUGGCUUUCUGCUGAGUGGAGGAAGGUGUGUACCUGCAGAGGACUGCGGGUGCUGGGUGAAUGGACAGCACUACCAGAAAGGUCAAACAUUCAUGGAAGGGGAGUGCGAGAAGCUGUGUUCUUGUGCAGGCCAAGGCAACAUCCAGUGCUCGACCACUUCCUGCCUGGCACACGAGGUCUGCAAGGAGAAGGAUGAGGAACUGGGUUGCUUUCCCUCAAGCCCAGUGACCUGCAGUGUGUACGGAGAUCCUCACUACAUCACAUUUGAUGGAAAGGCCUACUCAUUUAAGGGCACCUGCAACUACACUAUAGCUAAAAUAUGUACUGCCAGCUCAGCCUCGUUCACACUAACGGCUCGGAAUGAAGGACGGGGGAACUCCACAUCUCUGAACUCGGUGGCUCUGGAUGUGAUAGGCCUACACCUGGUCAUCGGGAAGAACAAGCUGGUUUAUGUAAAUGGAGCACAAAUCAGUCUUCCAUAUUCACACAGCAACUCAGUCAAUGUGUCCCAUGUGGGUUCGUAUGUGCGAGUGGAUACAAACUUCGGUCUGCGGCUGCUGUUCAAUGGAAACGACGGACUGUUUGUCCAAGUAGAUGAGAGACACAAGGGCAAAAUGUGUGGACUCUGUGGAACCUACUCUGGAAGCCAGUUUGAUGACUUCUUGACACCUGAUGGCAAUGUGGUCCCAUAUCCACAUGACUUCGCUAGCAGCUGGAAUACUCAUGACAAUAACUGGGCCUGCAGUGAUGGCUCUGCCCAAGAACCAGCAUGUCCGCCUGAGCUGGACAGUGAGGGGUUCAAAGAGUGCAGCAAGCUGUUUGGGGAUGCCUUCGCAGCCUGCCACUGGUUCGUGCCUCCUCAAAUCUUUGUGAACAGUUGUGUGUCAGACCACUGCACCUCAGGAGGGGACCUGUCCCAGCUGUGCACUUCUCUGCAGAAUUACGUGGCAGCAUGCGAGGUGGCCGAGGUGUUCCUGGGUGACUGGUGGAAGGGUACUGUCUGUGCUAGUCUUCCAACCAAACCACCACCAACAGUGCCAACAACUCCAGCGCCAACACACACCACCACCCCAACUUCCUCUGGUGCAAGUUGUCCAUGGAGCUGUAACUUUGAACAAAAUGAAUGUGGAUGGGUGCAGUUAAUACAAGACAGCUUUGACUGGACUAGGUGGUCCGGGGCGACUCCCACUGACUUUACCGGCCCACCCAGUGACCACACUACUGGAAGUGGCCAUUAUAUAUAUAUAGAAGCUGAUGGAGUCCACUACGGGGACUCAGCCCGGAUUAUGAGUCCGGUGUGCGAAACUGUCGGCACCCAGUGCCUGUCGUUCUGGUAUCACAUGUACGGCUCGGCGAUUGCCAUGGCUCUUAACGUCUACAAGUUUGAGGGCAGUCGAGCCACCAAAAUCUGGUCCAGGGUCAAUAACCGGGGUAACUCCUGGCACCAAGCUCGGAUAGAGAUUGAUGUAUGGGGAUCAUACCAGAUUUUUAUCGAAGGCAUUAGGGGAUCAAACAUUUGGUCUGACGUGGCAUUGGAUGAUAUCACAGUAACACUCGGAACAUGUGGAGACAAUAGUUUAAACCAAGACAUGGAAACGCUUUCCAGUAUAACAUCAGCACCUCCUCUCAGCAUACAUCCCACAACUCUUCCUCAGCCAAUAGGCUUCAACAACCACCAUCCAGUGUGCAAAAUCGACUGCAAUUUUGAAAACAACCUCUGUAACUGGGAUCAGUUACCGACUGAUGUUUUUGAUUGGACGAGACACAGUGGCUCCACCCCUACGCCACACACUGGACCCUCUUUUGACCACACAACAGGAAGUGGUCACUACAUUUACAUUGAGGGUGACAGCGCCUCUCAUGGUGAUACAGCACGUCUCCUCAGUGAAGAAUGCUCAGACCAGCAGCCACAGUGCCUGCAGUUCUGGUACCACAUGUACGGCUCCAGCUGGACCAUGGGCCUGAGCGUCUACCUGCAGCAGGGAAACCAGGCUCGGGAGAUCUGGAAAAUUAGAGAAAACCAAGGGGACACCUGGCAUCAAGCUUUAGUGGACAUCACACCCCAGAGCAACUUUAAUAUCAUCUUUGAAGGACGCAGAGGGGACAGUGCUUUGUCUGACGUGGCCGUGGAUGACGUCUCUCUACACAGAGGAACUUGUGAAGACUUAACAAACCAUGUGACCACUUUGCCUACACCUGAGGAGUCAACAGCAGACAGCACACGCACCAGCACAACUUCAACCACCACCACAACCACAACUACAACUCCAUGGCCCACUGAGCCUGAACCUGUCCCCACUACAGCUGAGCCUGAGGAAUUUACACCAGACUUUACAACUACAACUACAACUCCGCAGCCCACAACAGAAACCACUACGUUCAAAUGCGACACUGCACCUGACCCUGUCCACACUACACCCAAGCCUGUCUCAACUACAACAGAGGCUGUCUCAACUACAACUGAGCCUUUCCCCUCUACAGCUGAGCCCAUCACAUCUACAGCUAGGCCUGUUCCAACAACACAGACGACAGUGGCACCGAGUACCUCAACACCAACAACUGCCGAGUCACAAAAGCCAGAAACUACUACAACAUCAACCACCACCACCACAACAAUUGAAACAUAUUUCAGUGAGUGCUCUAUUGAUGACGAUCCUGAGUAUGAAACCUUUGACCGGCUGAAGCACAAGUUUAAAGGCAGGCACUCGUAUGUCCUCGUCCAGACCUCUAACCUGCCCACAAAUAUCCCAGAGGUCUACAUAGUGGGCAUUAACCAGAAAGGCAGAGAACAGGAAAGCUUGGAUGUAGAGCAUGAUGGCGAAGAGUUAGAUGGCACAGAAAUGGGCAGGGAUGAUAGCAGUGAAGAAGAUGACAGCAGCGAAGAAGAUGAUGAUGAAGGCCGUCUCCGUGCUCUCAGAAUCCGAGUGUACAAUGUCACUGUGGAGUUUAGAAAGGGCAGAAAAGUGAUGGUGAAUGGAGAGCAAGUAAAUGUUCCUAACUUUCCCGCUGCGGGACUGAAGAUUCUGGAACGUUCUUCUCGUCUUUACUUUAAGACUGACUUUGGUCUCUUUGUAGAGUUUAGUGGAAAAGGUGAAGCAGAAAUCCUGCUGCCGGACACAUAUAAGAGGAAGGUUGGAGGACUCUGCGGGAACUUUGAUGGCAACAAGAGGAACGACAUGAUGAAGCCGAAUGGAGAACAGGCGAAGAACGUGAACGAGUUUGGAAAAAGCUGGAGAGUUGUGGAGGACAGACUUCUGCCUGCAGUCAGACGGAGGAGAUCAUCAGUACUCUACAAACUCGCAGGUUUACACCAGUAAGAAGGAAAUGGAAAAAACUUUAGCUAUGCACUAAACAGUCCAUUAAAUUAGAAGUCUUGUAGAAGUAUUGGAUUGUAAAGGUUUUAAAAAGCUGUACAACUGUUUAGAAAUAAGUGUUUGUGUGUUCUUUUAUUUAUAUAUGUAACUAUGUUGUGUUUCUGUAGGCAAUGUUUAAACUGAAUAGAGUUCAUCAUAAAAUGUAAUCUGAUGUGUGUCUGAUGUUAUCAGACAUUUCCCAGUAAAUUUUGCUAAACUAAAAAAGUACAUACUUGCUUUAGUAAAAGAUCCAUAUCCAGUUCAACGUUGGCCCAGCAUAUGGACCCAGUCAGAGACAGUGUCUGGACUAGGAGGGGUUAAACAUCAGACUAAUGUGAGAUUAAGGUAGGCUGAAAUGAUGGGGAACAUAAAAUAAAAACAUUUAUAAUACCACUCAGAGCCCAUGCCCACUUGGAACUUAUUAGUCCAUGUGAGCCACACAUGAAAAGGAUGGCUUGGCAAUUCUGUGACAACCCCAUUGUUCUAUACCUUUUUUGUACAGCAAAUUACAUGGAAAUUACAUUUAAAAGAUUAUUAUCUUGUUUAGAUUUUAGUGCUGCUAUUGUUUUUACUGUAAAAAGGAAAUACACUAUGAUUACAAGCUUGUGAUUACUGUUAACUGCUGUUAACACAAUAAACAAUACUGUUACAUGCCUGCAGGGCAUGUUUAACACAUGUUAACAGAUGUUAAUUAACACUGACAACAACGUCAAGCAACACAGCCAACAUAGUCAGUCAAGACUCUGUAUCUACUCUAGUAGAAACAUGGUAGUAUGAGAGGUUUUUAUUGGCUGUAAAGGGAAAUAUAUCUGGACAUAUUAACACAUGACUAAUCACAAUGGAGAAUGGAGAGCUCAGAGACUCUGGGUAAACUGAUAAUGAAAAUGCUAUUAGCACAUCUAUAUUUUUUUUAUGAUGCAAGUGCGAAAUGAGAUGACUUACUGUAUUGUAGAUUACACAUUAAAUAUGGCACUUUUUUUGGAAAGUUAUCUGUAGGAUAGGGGUGGGCGAUAUGGCCCUAAAAUAAUAUCACAAUAUUUUAUGGUAUUUUCGCGAUAACGAUACUCUUGGCGAUAUGACACUAUUUCUAAACUAUUUAAAAAAUACAAUAUACUCUGCAAGAAAAAAAUAUAUAUUGUUUAUAUUGUUAUAUAUUAUUACAUACAAUAUAAUACUGCACAUAAUCAUGAUGCUAAUAAUAAUAUACUCCAAAUAUCUCUAUAUAUCCAAGAUUAAAGUAAAAUAAAUGAUACUGGACAGAUAUAAUCUGUCUCUAGUAGAUAUAUAAUGGGAAAUGGGAUGGGUGAUAUGGCAUGAUAUUUUAGGGUAUAAUAUCAUUCCCGAUAUUUAAAAAAAAAUGACGAUAUUAUCGUGUACGAUACGAUAUGGCACACCCCUACUGUAGGAUUACGAAAAUUAUACCUGGGUAAGACAAUGCUAUUUUUUGACUGCCUGUU